UAGUCACACACUUUCACUUCUCACUUCACUUUUUAAUUCCUAAUUUCCUCAGCUGCUGUUUGUUAGUGCUGUCACUACUAAAUUAUUUCAAUUUGAAAUUUAAGAGUUGUUAAAUUUCCAGACUAUCAUUAGAAAAUUUGUGUGCUUUCCUAAAAUUGCUGGUGUUCCAAGAUCUCGACUUAAGUUAUUGCUGUAAAAGGUCACUGUUGAGCCUCUUGAACUCGCAAGGUUAACGGUCAGUGAAGGAAAUUUCUGUUUCGAACAAUCAUGGCGGACGACGAUUGGGAGAGUAGAAACUUUGAAGAGGAAGACCUUUCAAAACUAAAAGCAGUAAAACCUCCCGGAAAAGUGGAUAAAUGGGAUGGCGAAGAUGAGGAAGAACCUGUCAAGGACAAUUGGGAUGAUGACGAAGAAGCCAAAAGUGCUGCGGCGCCUGGCGGUGCAAAGUCAGCCGCUGAAGCCAAGAAGAAGAAACGACUCCAAGACGCAAUCGCUGAGAAGGAGAGGAAAGCAGAGUUACAACGGUUGGAACGAGCCAGGGCCAAUAUGACGCCUGAAGAACUUGCGGCAGAAAAAAUCCGCCAACAAAAACUCCAAGAGGAAGUUGAACUCGCCAUGGUCAAAAGCACCUUUGGGUCAAACGAGGUUGAUGUUGUCGAUCCGAUGACGAAAGAUGAUUUUGACGCCCUGCGCAAGAAGAUCAUUGGUGAUUUGAGGAAAUUUGAGAAGCGAGUACCCUUUGAGGAUUUUCUAGAAGAUUUUAUUCAAGAUUUAUGUCUCUCGUUGCCUUCCAAACGUCUAAAAAAAGUCAAGGCCACCGUAGAAGCCUUAUACUUUGAGAAAAACAAGGCGGAGAAGGCGACAACCGCGACGAAGGGGAAGAGGACAGGUGGAAAGGUUAAACUCACAGUGGAAUCAGAUAUUACAAAUGUCGAAGUUGGCUACGAAUUAGAUGAUUACGAUGACUUUAUGUGACAGUGUGUUUAUCAACAUAAUUCAGCAACAGCAAAAGUCAAUGUCAAUGUCUGUUAUCGAGUUUCGCCGUCGUCGAUAAAGCAAUCGCUAACAUAUAUUAUUAUUCCGGCUGGUUCAUUAUUAAUACAAAUAAGAAACGUUAAUUAUUCAAAUAAUUUUUGCUAAUGUUCAAAAACUGCAAAGUUUCAUUUGUUGAGUGAAUUAUGAGAAAUUAAAAGUGGUUAUAAUAAAAAAUACGGAAGAGAAUCCUA